CAAAAUUUACCAUACACAGUUCGAAAAAUGUCUCAAAAGUCUGAGGUUGUGGAGCACCAAAUUUCAGUGGAAGAUGAAUGGAAUUUCAGCAAGGAGGAGGAAAGAAAUCUCAGAACCUUGGAGGAAGACCUGCCUGACAUGACCAAGCCGAAAAUACGAAGGGUUACUCAUAUAUUACGCAACAACGAGAGCUUGAAAAGGUUUUUUGAACCAAAUUUUGUUGCAAUUGGUCCACUCCACCACUCCAAGCAUCCUGAUUCAAGACUUUACAAAGCCGAGAAGGCCAAGCUCAAACUGGCAGCAAUGUUCGUUGAAGGUAGCGGCACGACGAAAGAAGCUCUCUACCACAAGAUCAAGGAAGAGUUAACGAGCUUGAAGGCCUGCUACGGUAGCAAGGAAAUAGAGACGUGGAAUGAUUAUCAGUUGGCGUUCAUCUUCCUGGUGGAUGGCUGUGCAUUGCUGCGUUUCAUAGACUGUGCGGCAAAUGACAAGUUGACGGAUCUGGUAUUUAAAACUGACCUGCUCACAUUCGCAAAGCUGGAUUUGUUCUUGCUUGAGAACCAACUUCCCUACCAACUCCUCCAGCUACUGAUAAGCUCGUGCUCGUCCACUCGUGUUAAGGAGUUGAACAAGUCCAUCGAGGACUUUAUCUCAAAAAAUGUUGUGAGCCUGGCCGGACGGCAGAAACAAGAACAAAACACUACUGAAGCUCAGGAGUCGCAACAACAAAAUCCAGCUUCUGCUGAUUUUCAGCAGCCACAAGAACAGCAGCCUGCUCAUCUUCUGGCGCUGUUGCGUGAAAAAAUGAUUUUUGAAGUGAAAUCGGCAGAGAGACCGGCUGAGACAUUUCAGAGAUUUCUAGAGGCAUAUAUCUUUAGAGAAAGGAAACCAAGACACUACGGACACUCAUUUCGUAACAUAAAGGAGCUAAAAGAAAGAGGGAUUCGGUUAAGAAUGAGCAAGACAAGCAGUAUCAAAGACGUUUCUUUUAGCCGGGCCAUCCUCAAUUUCUGUUUUGCAUCCCUGAAUGUUCCCCCCAUCACAGUGGACGACUCAACGGGACCUAAGUUCAUGAACUUGAUAGCGUUCGAGAUGAGUUACGAUUUCGAGAACAAAUUCGAGGUGACCUCCUACAUAUCCUUCCUCGAUUACUUGAUCGAUAGGGAGGAAGAUGUGAGGGAACUAAGUGACUCCGGUGUGCUGCAGAACGAACUGGGCAGCGACAAAGAUGUUGCGGACCUGUUCAACACGAUCAGCAAAAACCUGGUGCCAGAUCCGGAGGCAUACUCAGAAGUGAAAUUGGCGAUCCAAGAACAUUGCAACUGCGCAUUGGCCACCUACGUGGUUCAAUUAUAUUACACCUAUUUCAGCAGCCCCUGGAGCUUCCUUGCUUUCGUCGGUGCCAUUCUGGGUCUAUUUUUCCAAGCUAUACAGAGUUAUUACAAAGUCUACGGUAAGGAAUCUGCCACUAAUUAGUUACUAGUAGCGUUUUGGGUUUCCUUGGUUAAAAAAUGGAAAUUCCUUGGGACAUUGCUUCCGUGGAGGUUCCCUAAAUUAAUGUUGGAUUCUAAGUUGCACUGACAGUCUUUGCUAAGUAAUGUGUAUCAAAUAUCUUGAUCAAUGUUAAGAUUUAUAUUUUUAUUAAAACAUUUGUAACAAU